AUGUCUAUUUCUGUUUCAAGGCUACAAACUCCAAUUGUAGUUACCCAAGGACCUCAGCUAAUGCUUACUCCCCCCCCCUCCGUGAGUGAACAAAAAAAUUUUGUUCACUCACGGAGGGGGGUUAAUUUUUUUUUUUUGAAAUUUAAAAAAAUCCUGAUUCGCAAAAAUUGGAAAGCAAAUAUUAAUUUAAUUUGCAAAAUUUAUGUUUUAAAAAGCAAUUUGUUUAAAAUUAAACAGAAUUAGCUCUAGAUUUCAUUAUACUAAUUAUCAUUUAUAUAUCAAAAUUUUUUUUCCAAAAAAUUUUUCUAUUAAAAACAUUUCUUUUCACUCACAGGGUGGGUUUUUUGGGCAAAAAAAUAGCGAUUUUUCUAAUGGUUUUGUUCACUCACGGAGGGGGGGAGAGUUAGCAAGUCUCAUCUUUAUAUGAAAGCUUAUAUAAGCACUACAGCAGGCGAUGAAGUAAGUGUUACUAACAAUGGGACAUCAGCGGUUUUCUAUGAAUGAAGGAAAUUUAAUAGAUCAGAUUUCAUCAAAGCAAAACGCAGUGACGGGAUUAAUCGAUUUUAUUGCCAUUAUGGCCGCGAUGUUUUGCUUCCGGGUGAGACCAAGAGAUUUGUAUUUACUUUCAGUAGUGAAAAGCCUGGGAAUUUCACUGACUCAACCCUUGAUGAGGUAGCAAAACCAUUGAAAAAAUACUAAUUUUUUAAGCAUUUAAUAUAAUUUUUUAAAAAAUUUUUGAUAUUAUGCCUUAAUUAUUAUAAUAAAUUCUCCAACCACUCCUGUUUAUUUUUAAACAGCUUGCGUUCUAAAACAUAAAUUUUAUGAAUUAAAUUAAUAUUUUAUUUAAAAUCUUUGCAAAUUGAGAUUUUUUUUAAAAUUUUGAUAAUUAUUAAAUAAUAAAUGAAAAAAUUAACCCUUCUAUGAGCAAGAAAGUUUUUUAUGUUUGUUAUAGAGGAGUGAGGAAUGAGACUUAUUAACUGAUCCUUUGCUUACACAUCCCAUAAAGCAGCUUACUUUAUCUGGAGAAGCCUAUGAAAAUGAUGGGUAUAUUGCCCAGCGUCAUUUCUUUGAAGAAGAGCUGACUAGAAGAACAGUUUUGCAUACAUGUGAAGAAAUUCUAUCAGAUAUUACUAGAAGUGUGAGAACUCCAACACCUCCGCCUCCUGAUCUUGAAGACCCUAAGCAAUGUCAAGAGCAAUUUGAGUCAAAAAAUCUACAUUAUCAAGUUUGGCAUACAACUGAUGUGAUUAAAAUGCUGAGGCAGUUAGAAAGCUGGGUUGUCGAGCAUAUUCCAUUAGAAGAACAUUUUGAGCCUUGAAACUUAAGUAUAGACCAUAUGAAAGAACUUAUUUCUUUGGUGCCGAAAAUAGACUUGCAACAUAGAUAUAUAGAAAGGCUGAAUUUUAUCGUGAAACUGGCAAAGGAAAAACCGCUCUAUAGAUCGAUUUAUUGGGAAGAUGCCAGGAAAGUACUGGUAGAUCUUGCAGAAGAAAUUCCUGUGAUAAGCUCAAAAAUAAGAACUGAGCUUGAUAUUGAAGAUUACAGAUUUUGCCUGCCUUGGGAACUAACACAAGAGGAAAUCGACAAAAUUCAGAAGGAAAAAACUGAUAAAGAAGUUGCAAGAGCCAAACUGGUAAAAGGCAAAAAAAUAAACGUAGCUGACUCCCCUUGUGGAAUACGGUUUCAUUUUGGAGAGAUCAAAAACUUUUACUAUAAAAUUUAUUGGUAUUAAACACUUAUAAAUCUAAUAAUAUUUGUUAUAAAGAUCUCUAGCUCCUUCCAUUUUUCAACACAAUUUAUUAUUUGAUUUUUUUUUUAUAAUAUUAAUAGAAAAAAAUUAACCCUUUUUUAAGAGAGAGCAAAAAAAGGUUGCUCAAUCUUUAAAUGAAAGAGUGAGGAGAUGGCAAAAGAUAGAGAAGCCUGCAAGGAAAGACUUUUUGCAUCUGUCAAAGAAAAAUUCAUAGAUCUAUUUGUCAAAGUCUUACCCCCCUCCGUGAGCGAACAAAAAAAUUUUGUUCGUUUACUUGAUUUUUAAUAUAAGUUUUUUAUAGUAAAAAUUUUUAAAACAAUUAUUAAUUUAAUUCUUAAAAUUGAUAUUUUAAAAUGCAUCUGCAUAAAAUUAAACAGAAUUAGUUAGAGAUUUUAUUAUAAUAAUUAUCAAUUAUAUAUCAAAAAAAAAUUUAUAUUAAAAAAAUUUUUUUGUUCGCUCAUGGGUGGGUUUUUACCAAAAAAAUAAAGAUUUUCCCAAUAGUUUUGUUCACUCAUGGAGGAAGAGAGUUAGAUGAAGAACCUUAUAUGUUUUUAUGGAACCAUAUGGAAACCAUGCACUUAACAAACGUGUUACCAAAAAUUUUGCAAAAUACCAACAGGCUCAAUAAACAUAUGAAAAAUUCUAAUAUCGCUAAUUAUAAAAUUGCAUCAAACAGCAUUAAGACUAUGAAUGAAGUCAAUAUGGGAGAGUUAUCAAGAAAAUAUGGAAUAAAUGAAGCUGACAUGGAAGGCAAAAAAGUAAUGCUGAGGUUAAAUUUAGAUGUUCCAUUAUCAGAAGAAAUUUGGGAGGAAGAAGAAGUUGAAGUACAAAAUGACCCAGAGCAAGACCCAGUAACUGUAAUAGAAAAGCACUGUCAACCAAGAGAAAUCAUAGAUGCAACUUUACUGAAAAAUGCUGUACCUACUAUUAGGUAUUGUUUAGAUCAUCUUGCUAAAUGCGUUAUUAUUGUUGCAAAUCUAGGGCCAAGAGUAGGAAAUAACAGAGAAGAGUACAGUCUUCUACCUGUUGCAGAAUGGCUUGAACAAGAACUAGACCAACAUAUUGAAUUCAUUGAAGAAAUUGAAAUUGAAAAUUUUGAUGAAAGAAUUGAAGACUUGCCUGAAAAUUCUGUGAUUUUGCUUGAAAACAUGUCGUUUCAUCCAGCAGAAUUUGGAUAUUCAAUUGAUAGAGAUGAAAAUUGCUAUCACGUCGAUUUGGAUAAAAUUAAUAAUUUUAGAAGAAAGCUUACAUCAUAUUAUGAACUUUAUAUCAAUGACUGCAUAGGGCCUAACACUUGCAUGGAAACUUUAUUUAAAGACACUUGCAGUUGGAGAAACCCAGGAUGCUCUUCAAUUGAAUGCCCAGAAUUCGAAGGAGAAGCAAUACUUGGGUUAAAUCUAGAAAAAGAAAUCAAAGGAAUCUCUUCACUUUUCCAUGAGCCAGAAAGACCACUUUUAGCUAUUAUAGGUGGGAACCAUUCAAGCAAAAUAAAUCUUCUAGACAAAGUCGUUAUGAUGUACAAUCUUCUAUAUCAAGUCGACAAAAUCUUCCUUGGUGGAGACAUGGCCCUUCUAUUUUUCCAUGUGAUGAACUCCCUCCCUUCAACUUUCGACCCACAUUUAAAUCAAUUUGUACAAAGAGUCAUUGAUUUUGCAAAAGAACUCAAAAAGCCUAUUAUUUUACCUUCUGAUUUUAUUAUUUGUGAAAAAAUAAAUCCGCCAGAAGAGCUGCAAUUAGACUUCACCUGGGCUCAUUAUUCAGAUAAGUAUCAGCCUUGCAAAAUAGGUGAGCCAAUUCCGGAAGGGUGGGCUAUUGUAGGAUUUCAUGAGCAAACUGCUGAAAAACUGAACUCAACACUAUUUGAAAGCAGAAGAUUUUUCUGGUGCGGGUCAUUAGACUUGCACACUUCUAAUAAAGAGCAGCUAAAUCUACUGAAUAAAGUUGCAAUAGAAUUUUUCAAAAGCCAUAAGGAAAGCAGAGAACUUCACAUUGGGAUUUUCGAUGUUGAAGAGUCAUUUAAAUACCUUGUGCAAGAAAACAAUCAAAAUUCCACUGAAAGGAUCUUAAACUCAGAUGAAGAGGAAGAAGAGGUAGAAGAGGAAGAAGAGGAAGAAAAGACCCAAGAAGAAAACUCAGAAGGCACUGUUGAGCAGAACCAAAACAGUUUUGAUCACUUAUUCAACCAUAGAUUCAAUGGUGGCCCUCUAACCGUUGCCAUACUUCAAGGAAGAAAAAUAAGACCUUUAGAACUAAUAAAAGAGCAUCUUCCCCCACGUCCUAAGUCUGCUGAAGAAGACACUUCGUAUUUAGAAAUUAUUUAA